GGGGGAUAAGUGUACUUUGGUAGGGUAUCUUAGAGCCAUUUCAAUGGACAAUCCCUUCGUCUUCGUUAUGUUUUUUGGUUUGCUGCUUACAUUAGGACAUGUAGUUCCUCAAGCUGAGUCGAGGGCAUUUUUCGUGUUUGGAGAUUCACUAGUCGAUAAUGGUAACAACAACUAUCUAGUAACCACUGCCCGAGCGGAUGCAUACCCCUAUGGCAUCGACUAUCCGACUCAUAGAGCUACCGGUCGAUUCUCUAAUGGCCUUAACAUCCCAGAUCUUAUCAGUGAGCAACUUGGCUCCGAGCCGACAUUGCCGUACCUGAGCCCAGAGCUCACUGGUCAAAAACUUCUCGUCGGUGCCAACUUUGCUUCUGCUGGAAUUGGAAUUCUCAAUGACACUGGGAUUCAAUUUAUCAAUAUAAUCCGAAUUUCAAGGCAACUGCAAUACUUCCAGCAGUAUCAGCAACGUGUGAGUGCUCUUAUUGGACCUGAACAAACUCAGCGCCUAGUAAAUGAAGCACUGGUUCUCAUGACCCUCGGCGGCAAUGAUUUCGUAAACAACUACUUCUUGGUCCCCUUCUCGGCAAGAUCUCGACAAUUCGCCCUACCGGAUUACGUCGUCUAUUUAAUCUCCGAAUACCAGAAAAUUCUUCUGAGGCUAUAUGAGUUGGGGGCAAGGAGAGUAUUGGUAACAGGAACAGGACCAUUGGGUUGUGUUCCAGCAGAACUAGCUCAGCACAGCAGAGCCGGUGAAUGCGCGGUCGAGCUGCAACGCGCAGCAGCCUUGUUCAACCCACAGCUUGUUCAAAUGCUGAACGGACUAAACGCCGAGCUUGGUUCCGAUGUCUUCAUCGCAGCAAAUGCAUAUGAAAUGCACAUGGAUUGGAUCAGUAACCCUCGCGCAUAUGGUUUUAUUACAUCAAAGGUAGCCUGCUGUGGCCAAGGACCGUACAACGGAAUCGGACUCUGCACCAUAGCAUCGAACCUGUGCCCGAACCGGGACGUUUUCGUGUUCUGGGAUCCAUUCCAUCCAUCAGAGAGAGCUAACAGGCUGAUUGUACAACAGAUCAUGACUGGUUCCACCAAAUACAUGAACCCAAUGAACCUUAGCACCAUUAUGGCAUUAGAUUCUAAGGUCUAGCAAUGGUUUUGUAGCACUCAACUUCUAAGGUUUACAUAGUAUGCCUUGAGAGAUUUUCUUAACUAAAUCCAUGCCAUAUUAAAUGAGGAGUUAUUUA